GCGGCGGCCCCUCUGGCUGGCGCGGAGCCGUCAGUCGGCAGCGCGGGGCCCGGCGGGCGCGGGCGAGGCGCUCCCUCCUCCCGGUGCGAGCGAGGAGGCGGUGGCCGAGGGUGGGAGCCCAGCCCCGGCGGGAGCGCGCGGUGAGCCACCCGGCAGCCCUACGGUGAGGAGGCCGCCGGGCGCUUUGUUCCGUUCCGGGGCUGGAGGUGUGGCCGGCGUUGUGGCCCGUUCCGCGCUCGUCCUGCUGCGCUACGCUGCACCCGGCUGCACCCGGGCGGCGGCGGGCUCCGGCUGUGCGUGGCCUCUGUCCCUACCACCCGCUCUGGCGUAACGGUGUGCAGCGGAGAAGUCGCUCGUCACUCCGACCCAAGUAGGGAGGGCCUGGCCGGCGCUCAGACAGACUCCUUUGAUUGUAAUCAUCCUGGGGUCUGACUACCAGAAGCAUGGCGACCAGCGCUGUUCCCAGUGACAACCUUCCCACAUAUAAACUGGUAGUGGUGGGAGAUGGCGGUGUGGGCAAGAGUGCUCUCACUAUUCAGUUUUUCCAGAAGAUCUUCGUGCCUGACUACGACCCCACCAUUGAAGACUCCUACCUGAAGCAUACAGAGAUCGACAAUCAAUGGGCCAUCUUGGACGUUCUGGACACAGCUGGGCAGGAGGAGUUCAGUGCCAUGCGGGAGCAAUACAUGCGCACAGGGGAUGGCUUCCUCAUCGUCUACUCUGUCACCGACAAGGCCAGCUUCGAGCACGUGGACCGCUUCCACCAGCUCAUUCUGCGUGUCAAGGACAGGGAGUCAUUCCCAAUGAUCCUCGUGGCCAACAAAGUGGACCUGAUGCACCUAAGGAAAAUCACCAGGGACCAAGGAAAAGAAAUGGCGACCAAAUACAAUAUCCCAUAUAUAGAAACCAGUGCCAAGGACCCGCCUCUCAACGUGGACAAAACCUUCCAUGACCUAGUUAGAGUAAUUAGGCAACAGGUUCCAGAGAAAAACCAGAAGAAGAAAAAGAAGACAAAAUGGCGAGGGGACAGGGCCACCGGCACUCACAAACUACAGUGUGUCAUCUUGUGACAGCCUGAAGCCCUGGGCAUAGCAACCGUGAACUGCCAGCCCUGGGACCAGCCCACUGCCUAACUGCACUGAGAACCAUUUCUAACCACAGCCCUUGGCUCUGGACUGGGCACAGGAAGAGAACAAGGGAGGAGGGGCAGGAGCAGGCAGGGGCUGGCUUCGCUGCCUCUCCCAUGGAGACAUGGAGACAGCUUCCAAACCCUUGUUGUUGAGUGAGCCCAGUUCCCAGUCUCUUGGUGGGCUUGUUGUUUCUUUUAACUCCAUAGGGCUGGUUUGCUGUGGAAGUGCUUUUAUCCACGUUCAACGCACCAGACAAGCCAUGAGCAAGCUUCCUCCCUGACCCCGUCCCCAGUGUCUGAGCUCUUGUGUCUUUUGUAGAUUUUUAAAUUAUUUGAGUAAUGAUUAUUUUAUUAAAGAGGUCUGUGCCCAUUGCCUGGCAAAGCCCCAAGUCUUUGGCAGACCUCCGAUAAAUGUCUGGAACAGGGCUGUUGUCUUCUUAACUGAGUGUUCCUAGCAGUGCCAAACUCCAUGGAUGGAUGAAAGACGGCCGGCCGAAGCGAGUGGAUUCUUAUCAGAAGCCUGGAGUCAAACCCAGGAAGCAAACAGACCCCAGAGACUGGGGUGGAUUUACCUUGAGGGCUUUGGUGUGGUUGAAAAUGUCAGAGAUUAGAAAAUAAACCCCCCUCGCCAAUACCUCCCCGCCCACACUGAAGUGAGAGCCAGCUGGACCCGCUUCACCCCUGGAGGGGAUUCUCUCUCCUGAGUGUGGAGAGGCCACUGACUGGUUUUGCACAAGUACUCAUUUGCUUUCCUGCUUUCUGGGCAGUGGAUAAAUUCUGUGUUCAGAUGUGGACAGGACCUUGGGCUUCUCGAAAGUGUCCCUGUUUGCUCUCAGACUGUGUGUUGCUGUGCCUCUGACACAAACAUAGGGACAUGUUCAAGGAAUCGAAUGUGACAGCUCUGAACCGAAGGCACUGCUGUCUGGGAAGCCCCAGGACUGAAGCCAUCUCCACCUGGGUCAGCUGACCAUCACCUUUAUUGGUCCGGCCAAUGAGCAAGCGCCUUCUAGCACGAGUGGUAUGGCUGCCUUUUGGGACACACUUCCUUUGCUCUCUUUGGUCAAAGGGGAAGAAAAGCUGAGCCGGUGACAUGGCCCAUACACUUAUUUCAGCAGGGACACCUCCCGCCAUGAUGCACCCCUCCCUCUCUGGUGCUGCUAGUGGGGUAGAGAUUGCCUUUUUCCAGCUAAGAUCCCCAUGGAGGAACAGCAAGAACAAAGUACACCCUGUGAGGGGGUCAGAAGCGGAGGUGGCAGCGUAGUUAGUGACCUGUCAGCUCCCCUCAGUGGCUGGGCCAAUGUGGAGAAAGAAACAGGUGGAAGGAAGUCCAAGGAAAUCAGGCACCGAAAGGAUGUCCAGCCUCGUGAUUCUUUUUCAACCCAGAAAGUCCUAAGUUGUUCAAACACAGGGUCAUCAGGACAGAAGGCCCCCAUUCAAGGGACAAUUCUGCUGCAGAAGGAAAUGACCCCACGCUUGUGCCAGCUAGAGGUCAAACUUCCUACUUACCAAACUGCCACCCACCCCGAUUUUUAUUUCUAUUCCUUAAAAGGAUGCCAGGUGAGGUACCACACCAUUUCUCGGAUCCUGUAAUCCUUACGAUUAUUUUCAACACUAAAAGGACCAGGCUUUCUCCAGCCUCGGGCCACACCCAUAGUAGCUGCAGCCUGGAGAGAGGACAGAUGGAAGAAAGGUCAGGAUAGUCUACACUCAGGGCAGCAGCCACUGCCAGAGAAGCCAUGUCCUGCCACCUGCUCCCGGCACACCCCUGCUUCUGUGGACCAGCACCUCCACUGUGCAGAGUGGGGAGUCUCCCCGGAAGCAGAACAGUUGCCUAGACCAAAGCCCCCAAGUCACACAGAUAACCAGAAGGGAGGCUCCCAGCACUCCCGCCCCUCUCCGAAGCAGCAGUGCAUUCAGACCCAUCAUCCAGGGCAUCCAUUCUAAACUGCCCACGUCCUAAACUGACUGCACAUGCGGAUGGACAAACCGGCUGACAUCCCGCCUUGUGCAGUCUCUAGAGCAGGGCUUUCAUUUUCCACAAUCCCCCCACCCCCCGUGUGUGACAUGCAUAGCUGACACAUCAGAAUUAGAAAUGAGCCCUCUGACAGAGUUUCCAGGGAGGCAGAGUAUGCCCAGUGAGUCCCCAUCACCAGCUGACAGGGGACAUCGGGAAACUGUUGGCCGGGACACCAUAGGACUGAGGAUCCUUUGGGUCUGUAUUGAGCUGUCAUUCCGAGGUCCCCUCUAGCCAGAAACCUGUGUUCCCAUCACAUCCGAUGCACCCCUGCGAUCCCCUCACCCCUGGCUUCUAUUGUGUGCUGAUUUUCUUCCAUUACUCUGCCAUUUCUUCAUAGGUUCGUUUCUCCCCCUAGCCAUCCCCUCUCCCCAAGUAUAGGGCUAUGCUGUGACCCCCUCCUUCUCAAGCACCUUGCCACAUGGGGAACAUCUGGAUGUUGCCUUUAGGACUUCCCCAUCUCCCCAUGACUCUCGACGUGGAGUACCUGAUUGGAUUAGUGCGGCCUGUCUUGCCUCCCAGGAGAGAUGACCCACUGACCAUGCCAGCUCUAAUCCCAAAGCCCCUCAGACCCACCACACUAAGUCCAGAGCCACAGAGGGGUCUCUUCUUUUAGCAGCCCACCUGGUUGGAGACUCCACAUUGGGUCGGGUUUACCCAGAAUGCCAGAUACUUGAAACACUGAGCCCUUUGUGUGACAGUAUUAGCAGGUGGCCGUUGUUGUGCGGCAAGCAAGAAUGAUGAUGCCUGGACAUCUUGUUGAUGCUUGAGCCUUUUAUGUACUUUUUAUCAAGUCUUUGUGUAUCUCCACUUAUUAAUAAAGAAACAAACAGAGAUCCUGUCUU